AUCAACUAACACCAGCAGCGCACAGCACAGGGGGUAAUCAAUCGAAGUAUCCAACAGCAGGCUUGGUGUAACUAACGAAAGAAAGCGAGUUGGAAAAACAUAUUCCGCGUUCUCAUACUGGAAUAAUAUGGAUGUAUAAAAGAUAAGAAACGUUGAGACGUACACUGAGGGAAUUGAAACGGAUGUUUACACAGUUGAGAGUUGAGAUGGAACCAAAUUGCUGAGACCUGUCAUUUGAGAUGAACUGAUAACUUCAUGAUCAAGCAUCAUGUAGUUUGUAUUCUGACAGUGAUACAUCAAUCUCCUUGUGAGAUUGGCACAUCUUGAUGAAUUACAGUGGAUCGUUCCAAUUAAACCGACGGAAAACAGUAAAACAGAGGCCAGUAAGCAGAGAAAUGGAAGAAGGUGGGGAAGAUGAACACCAGCAACGGGAGGAGAUGGCGGAGGCUUAUCGGAAGAUGUUGAUGGAGCUUGAGAGUGAUGAUGAAGAAGAUAAAGGAUCAGUCCCAGUUAAAACAGAAAAAGAUGAAGUGGAUAGUAAGCCUCCAAAGAAGGUGAAAGGGGCUGAUGAUAAGCUUCCACUCCUGAAUGAAUCAUUGAGUAGUUCACUAGGAAUCGCACUUGCAGACAGACAUGGUACCCCACCUCCUCCGUCUAUCAUAGUGAUAGAGGAUAAUUCUGAUGUCAAGAUCAAUGUGGAACCAAAACAAUAUGAACAAAAGGUUCCCACUGAUGAACGAAAGAAUUCAAUACCUGGUGGUGGUGGUGGUGGUGGUAGAACAUCACCUAAUGGUAGAACUUCUCCUCUCAGAAACAACAGGGUUGAACCCAUCAAUGAGAAGCAAACUCCUCAUGAAAUACAUGCCAACAAAAACAAUAACAUUCAUUCCCUUCUGACAGACAAUACUCAGGCAUUUGAGAAGUCCCAUCGGACGAGUAAUGGCAAAGUUUCUACUCCAGAUAGUGGUGUAGAUUCUUUGGGUUCAGAGAAGAGAUCAUCCGUAAAAACAAUCAGUGAUUCCAGUGAGAAAUCAAGAAAAUCAAGUCGUGCAAAUCAAGUUUUUAUGAGAACCUUCAAGCAGAGAGCAAGUCAAGAGAACUUUGCAUUGUAUGGACUCCUUACUCCUGCACUCGUUCUGGUACCAAAAAUUGAUGGGAAUGAUGCAUUGACUGAGACAUUCACUGAGUUGAAGGGAGAGGAUCGUGAGUUGAAGUUAUCAGCAGCUCAUAUUGAUGAUGCAAUAAGUGGAAGAGGAAAGUACGGCAAAGCUAGAGCUUUCUUCAAGUCAAAGCAGGGAAGAUGGUGCUUCAAGAUUAUUAACAACAGGUAUUCCAAGUAUCUGGUAUUGUUCAUGGCAACUAUUCAUCUUAUUCUGACUUUCUUUGAACCGCCUUCAUCGAUGUCCACAUCCCCUGCCGUUUUUGCAUUAACACCAUUAUGUAUCUUAGUAUAUGCUGCUGAUGUAGGGGUUCACAUGGGCUUCUUAUCCUGGCCUGUGUUUUGGUCACUGGAUGAAAAUAGAUGGAUAAGGAGAGAGUUUAUAUUCACCUGUAUGUAUACCAUAGACUAUCUGAUGCUGGUCACAGAAACUCUUGUAGGCCUGCGUUUGGCCCAACCAUUUCGAUGUCUGCGGGCAGCCAUCAUUCUGUGCAAGCUGAAUAAUGUACAACACAUCUGGGAUGUGGUCAUGUCAAUUGUCAUUAAACUGGGAAAGGUAUUUGUCAUCAUUUUUGUAUUCAUCACCCUGUUUUCUGCUAUUGGAGUACACCUGUACACAGACACAUAUCAUGACAUAGAAUCAGAAGCCUCCAACUGUACAGGCAACUCAACAAAUGUGUAUGUUGGAGCCUUUGACCAUGUGGGUAUUACCUCUCUGAGGUUAUUUGUGCUACUAUCUACAGAAAACUAUCCAGAUCUAAUGAUUCCAGCCUAUAGAACAAGUCAUUGGAACUUCCUCUACUUUGGCAUCUUCUUGUUUGUUGGUGUGUUCUUUCUGACUGCCAUCAUACUUGCUAUAAUUGUGGAUAGCUAUUGGUCAUUUGCUAAGAAGCAUGUGAAGAAAGAGAGAGCAAGAGAGAGGGCAGAAUUGGCUAAAGCUUGGAACCUCUUGGACCCUCUUGGUCAAGGGAGUCUACCAAAGGAUGAUGGAAGAUUCUUAAAGCUCUUGAGAAUUCUUAAACCACAUCACACAGAAGAGAUGAAUCUCCAGUUGAUUGACUAUUUAGAUCAUAAUGAUGAUGGACAAAUAGACUCAUUGCAGUGGACCAUUAGGCUUAAUGAAGCUCUCUCAUUUGAAUUUGAAGAAGACAGAUUUUAUGACAUGGAUACCAACAGCUCUAAAUGUGUGUAUGCCAUUCAGUCAUUCAGUCAGAAGAUCAUCAGAUCAAGUGUUUACUCAAAGAUAUUGCUUGCGCUUAUCCUCUUGCACAGUAUCCUCUUCUGCUUAAGAUGGCACAACAUGGAUGAAACAGCAAGAAUUACAAUCCAGGUCCUCAAGACGACCAUUCUAGCCAUCUUUGCUGUGGAAGUAUUGCUUCGUAUCAUGUCAGAAGGAAAGAAUUUGAUGCAGGUGGUAGAGAUCUUAGACAUCAUCUUGAUUGUGAUUGGUGUAACAUCAAACAUUCCAAUCUAUUUCAUACCACGUACCUACUUUGGUCUAUGUAACAUCAUCUCUGGUCUAGCUGUUUCAUUCCGGUUGGGCUUCAAUUCUGCUCAGGCCAAGAAAGUUGUGAUACUCUUCUCAACCAAAGUGUUUCCUGUCAUGUUUGAUCUGAUCAUCCUAGUCUUCAUCAUCAUCUUCUUUGCAUCGGUGCUAGGAUGGGAGUUAUUCUAUGGUAUUACUGCUGAUACAAGCUAUGAUACAGGGGUGUAUGACUACAACUGUGGUAUUGGCUUCAAUUCUUUCUCAUGCUCAUUGUUGAUGGUAUUUCAGAUUGUAACUACAAGCAACUGGCAUGAGAUUAUGAAUGCUGCGAUGGUUGCUACUACAGAUUGGGCAUGUAUCUACUUUGUUGCUUGCUUCACUACCAUUAACCUUGUUGUAAUGAAUUUGUUUGUUGCUAUUGCUAUUGAAGCAUUCAAUAAGCUGGGUACAGACAAAGAGACAGAAAAAGAAGAAAGUCCUGAGAAGAAUAGCAAUCAAGAGGAAAGCUUUGCCGGUUCAGCAAUGACAUUCUUUAACAACCUGUUUGAAAGCUCAAGGACUGAACAAGAAAAGGAGAAGCUUUCUCAGAGGCCAACAGGUAGUCCGAGAAUGAGAAGACCCAGUAGAGUGAGUGUGACUACUACAUUUGGUGCAUUCCCUGGUUCUCCUCCUAACCUGCUUGAAGUGCCUCAGAUUCCUAGAAUUCCUGUGAUUCAGGAAGAGGAGGAUGAACCAGAGGAAGAUCUGAGUGGAUUAAGCAGAGAGGAGAGAAAGAAGAGACAAAUGAAGAAAAGACGAGAGAAGAGAAAGAACAAAGUUAAGACAAUGAUCUUAGUAAUGACAGCCUUCAGAGCGACCAAAGAUUCAGAGCUUAAUCUUAAUGUCGGAGAGGAGAUAGAAGUCGUUGGCAAGCAAGAUGAAUGGUGGGAAGGCCGUAAGGAUAGUGAUGAGCAAGGCUGGUUUCCUGCUUCUCAUGUCAAGGCGAUCAUUAGAAGUCAACCUCCUCCAGUUCCAACUCCUCUUGCACAGCGCCCUCAUAUGGCCCGUAGAGCAACACAGGAAAGCAUAAAGGAAGGCUGGAGUGAAACGGAUUACUUCCCAUUGAACACAACAUUG